UUGGGAAGGGCUGCAGCUUUAUAUCGGUGGUCAGGAAAGGCCUCCUGGUGAAGGUGACCAGUAAGUCAAGACCUUCAGGGGUGCAGAGGGAACCACGCUGAUGUCUGGCAGAAGAGCUCUCCAGGCAGAGGGAGCAAAGGCCUCAGGUGGGAGUGUGCCUUUUCCAUCUGAUGAGCAAGGGAGCCGGGGAAGCAGAAGGGCUUUGAGAGGUGAAGAGGGUCUGAACACAGCUUUUGCUCUGGCUGAACUGGGAAGCUGUUGGAGGUUUUGAGCUGGCUUGGUUGGAGUGACAUGAUCUCAUUUGUGGUUGAAUACCAUCCCUGUGGCUAAGGUGUGGAGCAGCCCAGAGCCAGAGUUCUUGGGCCUUCGCUGUGGGUCUAGGAAGCUCAAGCCUGUCUUUGCUAAACUCUGGGUCUGUCCCUUCCCAGUGGCCUACUGUUUGGGGAAGGCUUUGUGAAAGUUCUCAGCCCUCACCAGUUCCCUUCUCUUUUUGUUCCAAGAGGAGGCAAGAGGACCAAUGGAGUCAAGUUGCUGUGGAAGAAUAAGAAUAUGUGACUGGUUCUCAGAUUCUUUCUAGGCUUUUCUUAAUCCAGGUUUCUCAGACACAGAUUCCUAUUCGAUGAAUCUCAUUCCUCUCAUGGACAGAAAAUACUUACACUGGGGCAGAAAGAACUAUUUGAAUUUCUGUGUUUUUAGUAAUCUGAUCCGUAGGCGGGUGGGAGGAAGGAGGGUGUCCUGGGCUAGGAAAGACCAAAGAGUGCCAGCAAAAGCUGCCGUCAGCUCUCACGUUUUAUUUGGUGAGUUUCUAGCAACAGAAGUGUUUGGGGGCAGUAACCCCUCCUCACCCAGAGUCUAACCUUCACAUCUCGUUCUAGCAUUUUGAGCAGUCUCAGGGCUUAGCUUCUGAGUUCUGUUCUUGAUUUGAACCAAAUCUUCUUCUCUCCUCAGCUGGAGAUCUUCUUGUCUCAGAGAGCAGUGGAGAUGAGCGAGGAGGCAGACAUCCUGUCUAUAAGCCAGUUCCAGCUGGCUCCAGCCGUCCUGCAGGGCCAGACCAAGGCAAAGAUGGUUACCAUGGUGUCAGUGCUGCAGGAUCUGAUUGGCCAGCUCACCAGUAUUCGAAUGCAACACCUUUUUAUGAUCCUAGCCUCACCAAGAGAAUGGGGAUGCUCGGGUCACACAGCGACACCAAACGCUUACCCAAGUACCCUGCCCAGGUAUGUGGACCGAGUGACUGAGUUCCUUCAGCAGAAGCUGAAGCAGUCGCAGCUGCUGGCUUUGAAGAAAGAGCUGAUGGUGCAGAAGCAGCAGGAAGCACUUCAGGAGCAAGCGGCUUUGGAGCCCAAGCUGGACCUGCUGCUAGAGAUGACCAAGGAGCUACAGAAGCUGAUUGAGGCUGACAUUUCCAAGAGAUACAAUGGGCGCCCCGUGAACCUGAUGGGAACCUGUCUGUGACGCCCUCCACAUUCUUCCUGCCCAUCUUCCCAUCCUUCAGGACAGAGUGGGACAGUCAGGUCUGGUGUUGCAGGGCCCUUUCUGGCAAGAGACCAGGCCGACCGGAGGAUGGGAAGCCACAUGAAGGACCCAUCACCCACACGGUGACCCUGACACUCACUACUCUGUGCAAGGAGCUGUCUUGAUUGGCCCUGUGGCCCAUCAGCCUGAAGCCACAGCUUCUGCUCCUUCAUGUUAUCUAGUUGGACUUAAUAAAAGAGGAAGAGACUCUUGCCUCACUA